AUGCAUUAUCUCAAAACAGCAGUGAUCUUUCCGUUUUUCUUGUCGGCAUUGGCAACCCCUGUUCCCGUCGCUGAUGCCUUGGCAACUCGCGACUCUUCGACCUUUAUUUCAAGGCUGGAAAAUACCUUGAAAGGACUCGGUUCCCUUACCAAAGGUGUCUUACAAGAAGUCGACCUACUCAUCGGCGGCUUGCAGGAUGUUGUAGACGGCAAAACUGACCCUGUCACAACCAUCGAAGAAGCCCUGGGCUCUUUGUCCGAUGUUCGCAACGCAAGCGAAGCAGGUCUGGUCGGUGUCGCCAUCGACCUCGUCACAAAAGGCCUGGCUCCGAAAAAUAUCGUCGACCUAGUGAGCGGUUUGAACGAAGAGUCUAUCAAUUCAUUCAACAACACGAAUCCUCUCGACCCCCAAACCUCCAUUUUCCCCAAAAGUUCCAACGAUGCGCCCUAUACCCAGAGCGAAGAAGACCUCCGGGCAGCAGUCUAUAUCCCCGAGAAAUUCAAGUACGGUGCUGAUGGCAAGCAACCUAUUCUUCUUGUGCCCGGUACCGGUGAUCCAGCUGGUGUUUCCUACUACUUCAACUUCGAGAAACUGAUCCCGGAAACCGACUUUGCGGAUGCGAUCUGGGUCAAUAUUCCCAACAACUCCCUCGCAGAUAUUCAGUUCUCUUCUGAAUUUAUCGCCUAUGCCAUCAACUACGUUGCCGGUAUCACCAACACCACGAUCGGAGUUGUUGCCGCGUCUCAAGGAAACAUCGGUGUUCAAUGGGCGUUGAAGUACUGGCCGUCAGCGCGUGAUUCGGUCUCAGACUUCUUGGCUAUCAGUGCCGAUUUCCAUGGAUCACUUCUGGCAGAGGAGUGCUUGAUUCCAAACUCUGCCUGCACGCCUGCUGUUAUGCAGCAGGAAUAUGAUUCGAACUUCAUCAAGACCCUUCGCUCGGAUGAUGGUGACUCGGCUCUUGUUCCAACCACCAGCGUCUACUCUGGUCCUGAUGAGGUCGUUACCCCGCAGACAGACCCCGACGCGUCUGGGGCCCUUAAGAACGCGCUCGGUGUUGGUGCUACGAACGUACAGAUCCAGUUGGCCUGCCCUGGGUUGCCGGCUGGUGGCUUUUAUCCGCAUGCUGGUCUUUUGGUCAACCCCAUCACUUGGGCUUUGUUCAUUGAUGCGAUGAAGCAUGACGGGCCAGCAGAUUUGUCUAGAAUCGACUUGGAUCCUAUUUGUAAUCGGAUCCUUACCGAGGGACUGGUUUUGACUGAUUUGUUGGGCACUGAGACGGCGGUCGUGCUGGAUAGUGUUGUCCACGCGCUUGAGUACAAUUAUCAGGGGCCUGCUGAAGAGCCUGUUAUCAGGGACUACGCCCGUUCGUCGUCUCAAUAG